CCCGCCGCCAUGGAGAGCCCCAAGGCGCCCCCCGCCGCCGUGACGCCCACCAGCCCCUCCUCGCCGGGGCUCUCGCCGGUGCCGCCGGCGGACAAGGUGGACGGCUUCUCGCGGCGCUCGCUGCGGCGCUCCCGCCAGAGGCGCUCGCACAGCUCCUCGCAGUUCCGCUACCAGAGCAACCAGCAGGAGCUCACCCCGCUGCCCCUGCUCAAAGAGGCCCCCGUCUCCGAGCUGCACGACCUCCUGUGCAAGAAGCUCCAGCAGUGCUCCAUCCUCUUCGACUUCCUGGACUGCGUGGCCGACCUCAAAGGCAAGGAGAUCAAGCGGGCCGCCCUCAACGAGCUGGUGGAGUGUGUGGCCACCAACCGCGGCAUCCUCAUAGAGCCUCUGUACCCCGAGAUCAUCAAGAUGAUCUCGGUCAAUAUUUUCCGGACGCUUCCUCCCAGUGAAAACCCCGAGUUUGACCCCGAAGAGGACGAGCCGAACCUGGAGCCCUCGUGGCCACAUCUCCAGCUUGUUUACGAGUUUUUCCUCCGGUUCCUUGAGAGCCCAGACUUCCAACCCUCGGUUGCCAAGCGUUACAUAGACCAGAAAUUUGUACUGCUGCUGCUGGAGCUCUUUGACAGUGAGGAUCCCCGGGAGCGCGAAUACCUCAAGACCAUCCUCCACCGCGUCUACGGCAAGUUCCUGGGGCUGCGCGCCUACAUCCGCAAGCAGUGCAACAACAUUUUCUUGCGGUUUAUCUAUGAGACGGAGCAUUUCAACGGUGUGGCAGAACUGCUGGAGAUCUUGGGAAGCAUCAUCAACGGCUUUGCCCUGCCCCUGAAGACGGAGCACAAGCAGUUCCUGGUCCGGGUCCUCAUCCCGCUCCACUCAGUGAAGUCUCUCUCCAUCUUCCACGCCCAGCUGGCGUACUGUGUGGUCCAGUUCCUGGAGAAGGAUGCCACGCUGACGGAGCAUGUGAUCCGCGGCCUCCUGAAGUACUGGCCCAAGACGUGCACCCAGAAGGAGGUGAUGUUCCUGGGGGAGAUCGAGGAGAUCCUGGACGUGAUCGAGCCCUCGCAGUUCGUGAAGGUCCAGGAGCCGCUCUUCCGACAGGUGGCACGCUGCAUCGCCAGCCCCCACUUCCAGGUUGCAGAGCGGGCUCUGUAUUUCUGGAACAACGAGUACAUCUUGAGCCUGGUCGAAGACAACUGCCACACGGUGCUACCCACCAUCUUUGGCACGCUCUACCACGUCUCCAAGGAGCACUGGAACCCGACCAUCGUCUCCCUGGUCUACAAUGUCCUCAAGACCUUCAUGGAGAUGAACGGGAAACUCUUUGACGAACUUACGGCCUCCUACAAGGUGGAGAAACAGCAGGAGCUGAAGAAGCAGGAGGAGCGGCUGGAGCUCUGGCGGCAGCUGGACGAGCUGCAGCUGCGGAAGCGGCAGGGCCUGGAGGAGGCCAAGAUGAACCGCCUGAACCUGCAGCACAGCUUGGCUGUGCAGAGCGGAGGGGGGGCCAGCUAGGAGCCCCUCCCCUCCCCGGAGCCCCCUUGCCCAGGAGGCCCCCUGGGAGCAGCACCCCUCCGGCCAGUGCCAAAGCUUGCGGGCACCUGCCCUGGGCCCCCUUCCCCGCAGGGCCCCCGGAGUCUGUGGCGGUGUGUCCCAUCUGGUGUGGGGAGGAGUUGCGGGCGCAGCCGCCAGGAGCUUGAGGCCAGUGUGUCGGUCUUGGAGGGGGUGGGGGGGCGGGCAAGAUGGGCGCCCCUGCUGGCAACCUAAAGCAAUAGACUUGCGGAUUCAAAGCUCGCUCUGUGUGGGUGUCUUGUGGCCAGGACGGGGGUUGGGGGGCUGUGCCUCAGGGGGAGUGGGGAGAAGCUGUGUGCGGCCCCCUGAUGGGAGGGGGUCAGGCCUGUCUUGGGGACUGGGGGAGCAGGCCACAAAGGAGGCUGCCCUGAAGGCCGGCCCGCCCUCUCCCUGGCUCUGUGCGGCUCCUCACUCCGCCCCAGCAGGGCUGCUGCAGGGCCUUCUCUCCCGCCCCCCAGCGCCGAGGGUCAGAGACUGAGGGCCCUCUCCUGGGGGAGGAAAGUGGAGGCAGCGGAGCUGAGUCCAUGCAUGGGGUCCUGGGUGGGCAGGGGGGCUCGGCCGGGUGGGGGGGCUGCCUCUGCAAGGGAUCCCACCCCAAGCACUUACUCGUUGCUUUGGUUUUCCAAAUGUUGCAUGCUGGCGCGGGAGGGGAGGGGAGGGGUGUGGGGCACUGGAGGAGGAGGAGGCACUUUGUUCAGAAGCGCCCCCCCCCGCUUCCCCUCAGAGGAUCCGAAGGCGCGAGCAGAAAGGUGGGGUUUGGAGAGGAGCAGGGAUGGUGGGCGGGGGGGGGAGCGUUGAAACUCCUGCACUUUAGAAGAGCUGGUGGCAGCACAGCCGGAAGCAGGGUUGGUUCUGCCUGUGGUGGGGAGGGGAGGCUUUCCGUGGAGAAGGGUGGCGGAUGCACCCCCACUGUGGGGUGGGCGGGCUGCCGCCGCCGCCCCUACUGCUGCUGCUCCUCCUCCUCUCAGCUGCCCUCUUGGUGGGGGGGGGGCUUGGGAGUCCCCCUUGGAAGGCAGGGUGGGCUACUGGGGGUGUGUGUGGGCCCCCAUCGGUCUUGGGUUUCUAUGUCGUCCCUCCUCUUCUUCCCUCCACCGCCAUCGCCACCAAAGGUUUUUCGUUUUUGUGGGUGGGGAGCAAGGUAACCCCUUCCCCACUGCUCCCCCCCCCACUAGGCAUGACGACGACGUUGAGCAUUCUCUGUAACAAGAAAUAGUCACUGGGGGGUUGUUUUGGGAAAGGGGGUUGGCGUGUAUAUUACAGGUUUUUUUUAAUUUCUUAGCCGAACACUGAAGCCGUCUGGCCACUCGACUUAGCAGCCAAGGUGCACCUUUUUCUGUAGCCGAUUAGAUGCCGCACGGGUGUAGUUUCCACAGGAGGAGGCCCUGAGGGGUGGGGGUGGGGGGGGAGGCGGGGAGGCUGCAGAAGAGAGCUAUUUUGUGGGGGGGGGGCGAGUUGGUCUAUUUAUUAAACGUUUCGCGACCAUGGAAACCCCCCUGCCCUCUUUUUCCUUUUGCUGGACGAGUCUGUAUUCAAUAAAGAGAGAAACCCUUCAUGUCA